GCACAACUUCAGAGCUUGUCUACCCCCAGCCUGCCUCUGCUCACAAUUGUCAACUCCAGACCCCCUGUCUUCCCUGAAGACAGAAUGUUCCAGACCAGAGCUGUGAUCCUGAGAGCCCUCUGCUUGGCUUUCCUGCUGAGUCUCCAAGGAGCUGGGGCCAUCAAGGCAGACCACGUGUCAACUUACUUUGAGUUUGUACAGACUCACAGACCAUCAGGGGAGUAUAUGUUUGAGUUCGAUGAGGAUGAGAUGUUCUAUGUGGAUCUGGACAAGAAGGAGACGGUCUGGCAUCUGCCAUUGUUUGCCCAAGCCUUUUCCUUUGAGGCUCAGGGUGGGCUGGCUAACAUCGCUAUAAUGAAAGACAACUUGAAUAUCAUGAUCCGGCAUUCCAACCACAGCCAAGACACCAAUGAGCCCCCUGAGGUGACUGUGUUUCCCAAGGAGCCCGUGGAGCUGGGCCAGCCCAACACCCUCAUCUGCCACAUCAACAAGUUCUUCCCACCGGUGCUUAACGUCACGUGGCUGCGCAAUGGACAGCCGGUCACCCAGGGCGUCGGGGAGAGCCUCUUCCUGCCCAGAACAGACUACAACUUCCACAAGUUCCACUACCUGACCUUCGUGCCCUUGGCCGACGACGUCUAUGACUGCAAGGUGGAGCACUGGGGCCUGGACGAGCCCUUCCUCAGACACUGGGAGGCCCAGGAGCCCAUCCAGAUGCCUGAGACAACAGAGACUGUGCUCUGUGCCCUGGGCCUGAUACUGGGCCUGGCCGGCAUCAUUGCUGGCAUCAUCCUCAUCGUAAAGGCUCUGCGUUCUGGUCGUGACCCCCGCGCCCAGGGUUCCUUGUGA